AUUUCCCCAGAACGCAAGAAAGCGGCGUACGUGCGUACGUGGAGGAAACACGGGAAAACGAUCCGCCCGAAUACCAAAACAAAAGGGAAUCGUUGUAUUAAACGUGUUAACAGGCAGGGCCGUGCAGCUCUAAAGCGGUGGAAGAAUCCAUAUUUAAUGUGCCUGUACAUAUGUCACUGAAAGCAUCAAGCACCACUGGUUCUCGUGUUAUUUUUGCGCUGCCGCGCAUUACUGAGGGCAGUUAACAUCCCCCGUUGUGCUGUGCGGGACAGAUACUCCCAGGGUGGCACGCUGGCGUUCGCCUCCUGCUUCACAACACGGAGACGAGGCUCAUCGUGAAUGUCCCUGACCGGAAGUGGCAGGUGUAGCAGAUGAAAAAGUGGUGGCUCUUCGAGAAGUGUCCUUUCCCCCGGCGGCUGACGUGGCCAUGAUUAUUCAGAUCAUCACCACUACCUUUGGGCUGAACUCUCCUGAUGUAAUAUUCAAGAUAAGGAACCACCGUGGCUGUUUGAUCCCGCUGAACAGCUCGAUCCCUGCCAACAGCAAGCACAUGCCCUAUGUGCUUGAAGUAGCCAAGAUCUUUCAGCAUGUGUGUCCAAAGCCCAGAACCAUUCCCAUGACUGUGAUCAACAAGAGCAUGAAGACCAGGCUACAGAGUAUUGACAGAAGGAUUCCAGUGUUUUAUUACAGAUUCAGAGAAUGGAGGACCUUCUGCCUCAGAUCAAACUCAGGCGCAAUGAAAAACUUGGCCAGAUUAUUUGUACAUCUCUACAUCCCCCCUGACCCUGGCCUCUCUGUCCUGUCUCAGGAGAUUGAAUGUCUCAACCAGAAGCUGAGGUUUCUUCAAAAGAGAAUGGAGGUUGCAGAUUCUCGCAGCUGGAAGGGGGGGCUGACCAAAGCUCCUCUUUGGUAAACCACCACCCACAUUUCCAGCCAUUUCAGAAGACACAAGCCCUCUUUGGGACAAUGCUUACUAAAACUCGUCAUUCACUGCAGAUUUCAUCAUGUCACUGUGUGAGGAUGGAUUAUGAUGCUGAUGGCCCUAGGUCAAACCUUGCUUAUGUUGUAAUAAAGUGUGUCCAACCA